CGUGCGAAGCUGCGCUCAUUCCCCCCUUAUCGUGGGCUUCAAGACACGCUCUGUGUAAGGUGGAAGUAACUUUUAUCCCGCAGAGAGGAGUUCUAAACCACCCCGGACAUACAUCUGGUCCAAAUAGUCACGGCAAACGAUAAACAUGUCGGCCUCAUCGGCGAAAGUCAGUAGGAAGGAGAAUUCAAAUCACGACGGAGCGGACGAGACCUCUGAAAAAGAGCAACAGGAAGCAAUUGAACACAUUGAUGAAGUACAGAAUGAAAUUGACAGACUGAACGAACAGGCAAGUGAAGAAAUUUUAAAAGUAGAGCAGAAGUACAACAAAUUACGCCAGCCAUUCUUUCAGAAGCGAUCAGAACUCAUAGCCAAAAUCCCCAACUUCUGGGUCACAACAUUCGUCAACCAUCCACAAGUUUCAGCUCUUCUGGGGGAGGAGGAUGAGGAAGCACUUCAUUACUUAUCAAGGGUGGAGGUCACUGAGUUCGAGGAUAUCAAGUCUGGAUAUAGAAUAGAUUUUUAUUUUGAUGAGAAUCCGUACUUUGAGAACAAAGCCCUCUCCAAAGAGUUUAAUGUAAAUGAGAGCGGAGAUCCUGUUUCCAAAUCAAGUGAAAUCAAAUGGAAAGCCGGAAAGGACCUGACAAAGCGUACAGGUCAGACGCCAAACAAAGCUGGGAAGAAAAGGCAGCAUGAGGAGCCAGAGAGCUUCUUCACCUGGUUUACUGACCACUCAGAUGCGGGGGCUGAUGAGCUGGGAGAAGUAAUCAAGGACGACAUCUGGCCUAACCCACUGCAGUACUAUCUGGUCCCUGACAUGGAAGACGAGGAAGGUGAUGGCGAUGAUGAUGAUGAUGAUGAAGAGGAGGGUCUGGAAGAUAUUGACGAGGGGGAGGAAGAAGAAGAUGAAGAUGAGGACGGUGAUGGAGAAGAUGGAGAGGAUGACGGUGAGGAUGAUUAAACAUUUCAGCCAACCUUUUCCCAGUCCUCCCUCUGUGAUCAUCCUACAACCCAUGGGAACAAAUUUUUUUUUUUUUUUUUUUUUUUGGGG